AUGGGCAGGUCUGGAGGUGGCCGUGGUGGGCCCGGGGGGGGGUUUGGGGGCCGUCUGCGGCCGGGGGAGCGACCCGUGACUGAAGAGGCGCGUCUGGACAUCGCGAGGAUCCUCAGCGACUUCCAGGCCGGCGACGAGGAAUCCUACACCUUUCCCCCAUCGCUCAGCAACCACGAGCGUGCCGUGAUCCACGCGGAGUGCAAGAAAUACGGGUUUGUUUCACGAAGCCAUGGCAAGGGCGAAAAUCGCCGCCUGACCGUCAGCAAGCCCGACGAAAACGCCGAGGAGGUGUCCUACGCCCUCCUCUUCGGCGAUCCGUCCCGCAACGCCCUCCUCUCGCACGCCGCGCAGUGCCCGCCCACCCGCGCAGAGCAACACGCUAUCUCAGCUGCGUUCACCGACGCCGCACGCGGCCCCACUGGCGCCCCGGCAGCCGCCGGCGGGCGCGCGCCGGACGGCGAAGCCGGCGCGCCGCCUGCGAAGCGCCGGCCGCGCGACGGCGGACGGCGCCCCGCGUGGGCCCUGUCGCCCGACGACAUCGCCCAACGGCACGCGGCAUGGCAAGCGCGAGUGUCCCCCGGCGGGCCCGCGGCGCAGUUCCCGGGCAUCCGCGGGCGGCUGCCGAUCGCCGAGCACCGCGAGGCGAUCCUGCAUGCGGUGCGGUCGCGGCAGGCGCUCCUGAUCGCCGGUGAGACAGGCUGCGGUAAAACAACUCAGGUUCCGCAAUACAUCCUGGAGGACUGUUGGGCGCGCGGGGAGCCGUGCAGGGUGCUGUGCACGCAGCCGCGGCGGAUCUCGGCGGUGUCGGUGUCGGACCGGGUGGCCCAGGAGCGGGGGGAGUCUCUGGGGGGGGAUGUGGGUUAUACCAUUCGGUUUGAGAGCUGCGGGGGGGACCAUUCGAGCCUGAUGUUCUGCACGAACGGCGUGGUGCUGCGGAUGGUGACGCAGGGCGACGGGCUCGCGGGCGUCACGCACAUCGUGGUCGACGAGAUCCAUGAGCGCGACAGGUUCGCGGACUUCCUCCUCGUGCUCCUCCGCGACCUCCUCCCGUCCCACCCGCACCUCAAGCUCGUGCUUAUGUCGGCCACGCUCCACGUCGACUUGUUUUGCUCCUACUUCGGGGGCCCAGACGCGUGCCCCGUCGUCCGCGUCCCGGGCUUCACGCACCCCGUGGUGGACUUCUACCUCGAGGACGUCCUGAAGCUCACGGACUACGCCACGCGCGUCGGGGCGACCGAGAACGAGAUGCGCGCCGCCGUUGCGUCCCUGCACGGUGCCGGGGGACUCGGGGGCGGGAAGCAGUCCGCCACGGUGGGCGUGAGCGCUGAGGACGCGCAGCAGGUCGAGGACGCGCUGUACGCCGCGUUCAUGGGCGGGAGCGACGAGGAUUUCGAGGUGUUGUUGGAGGCGACGGGCGCGGCGGCGCUCGGGGACGCAGCGAACGAGAACGCGCUGAUCAACCACCAGCACCCGCAGACGGGCGCGACGGCGCUGAUGGUCGCGGCCGGGAAGGGCAGGCUGGACAUCGUGCAGGCGCUGCUGGCCAACGGCGCCAGCGCGACUGUCGCCAGCAGGAACGGCAUGACGGCCGUGCAGUGGGCGGAGCAGUUCGGGCACGCGGAGUGCGCGCAGUGCAUCAGAACGCACCUGCAGCACGCCGCGCAGUUCGAGGAGGAGGCGGGCGACGCGAUCGCCGUGUCGCACUACUUGAUGACAAAGGACACGGACGAAGUGGAUACGGAUCUGAUUGUACAGCUCAUCGAAUAUAUCUGCCACGGCGCGGAGGGCGGCGCCGCGAUCAUCGACGGCGCGAUCCUCGUCUUCGUUCCCGGAUGGGACGAGAUCCUGCGCCUCAAGGACGCGAUCGAGGCGCGGCCUUCCCUGCAGCGCCACCGCCUGGCCGUGCUGCCGCUGCACUCGAUGAUUCCGCCGGCGGACCAGCGCAAGGUCUUCCUGCGGCCGCCCGCGGGCUGCUCGCGCAAGGUCGUGCUCGCGACGAACAUUGCGGAGACGGCGGUGACGAUCGACGACAUUACGUGUGUUAUCAACUCCGGACGGAUGAAGGAGAAGUCGUACGACGCGUACACGGGCGUCUCGACGCUGCAGGCGACGUGGGUGAGCAAGGCGUCGGAGAAGCAGCGCCGGGGCCGCGCUGGGCGGUGUCAGCCGGGGGUGUGUUUCCAUUUAUACUCCCGGCAACGCAGCUCCGCGCUGGUGGACUUCCAGGUCCCCGAAAUCAAGCGGUGCCCGCUCGACGAGCUCUGCCUCCAGACGAAGCUCCUCGACGGCGCGUACAAGGUCGGCCCCGUCGCGGCGUUCCUCGGCAAGAUGGCGGAGCCGCCGCUGCGCCAGGCCGUCGACGCUGCCCUGGCGCUACUGGUCGACAUCGGCGCGAUGGACGCGGCCGAGAACCUGACGCUCCUCGGCCGCCACCUCGCGCACCUCCCGCUCGCGCCGCGCAUCGGCAAACUCGUGCUGUACGGCGUACUUUUCGGCGUCCUCGAUCCGAUCCUAACAGUAGCAUGUGCGUCGGCGUACCGCGACCCGUUCGUGGUGCCGAUCGACGCGCAGCUGCGGCGGCAGGCGACGGCCGCGCGGCACCGCUUCGCAGACCAGGGCGGCGGCGCGGCGGACCACAUGACGCUCGUCGCGGCCUUCCGCGGAUGGCGCGCCGCACGGAGCGAGGGUUGGGAGCGCGCGUUCUGCGCGCAGAGCUUCCUGAGCCAGGCCACGAUGAACAUGAUCGACGGCAUGCGGCAGCAGCUCAUCGGGGAGCUCCGGAACCGCGGCCUCGCGGCGUCUCUCGGGGCUGCCAGUGCCGCCGCGGAGGACAGAGGACUUGUGCGCGCCGUGCUGGCGUGCGGGAUGUAUCCGCAGGUCGGGCGGCUCCACGAGCACGACCCGAAGACGAUGGGCGGCUCGGCGAGCCGGUUCGCGCAGGUCGUGGCGCGGAACAACAAGCGCGUGCGCGUCCAUCAGAGUAGCGUCAACGCCACGCUCGCGCCGCCCGGGGAGGUCGCGAGCGGGCUGCGGCUGCCGUCGCUCGUGGCCUACGAAGACAUCACGCGCGGCGAGGCCGCGAUGUACAUCCGGAGGUAG